ACCGCCUCCCCCUCCCGCCCAUCCCUGCUGCUCGCUUUUCCGCUCGCUUCGAGGCUGCCGCAUGGAGCGGACAGCCUUAGCUGGCAGAGCCGGUGGGCAAUGGGGAGGUAAGGGCUGGGCGCUCGCAUCAGCAGCAGCAGCGGCAUCCUUAGCAGCAGCAGCAGCAGCAUCAUCAGCAACAGAAUAAUCAUCAUCACCACCAUCAGCAGCAGCAUUGUAUUAUCGUCAUCACUCACAUCACAAGUGAGAAAAGCGGCAGAGUAAGCAGAGUCAGCAGUAGCAGCUGCAGUAUUGGGACGGAGCGCUGUAGUAUCGUUCGCAAUAUCUUCGUGAUUUUUACGACUAUCUUUAGCAGAAGCAGCAGCGUCAUCAGCACACUUCCUCAUCAUCAUUAGCAGCAGUGGCAGUCGUCGGUUCAGCGCUGAAGUCCCAAUAUCAUAUUGCCCAUGAUCUUAGGAAUUGUUUUAUUCUACAAUAAUUAUCAGCAGCAGCAUACUUCACCAUCGUCAUCAGCAGAAUCCAAUUAGUCUUCGCCUAUUCAUCAUCACCAUCCCUCCCGCACCACCGUCAUCAGCACCAUUAACAUCAUCACCAUCCAUCUCCUCUUCCACCAUCGUUAUCUGCAGCCUCACCCUCCUCCUUCACCUUCUACUACCCUUACCUCCACCUUCACCACCACUUCUGCCUUCACCACCACUCUCAACCACCACUAUCUUCUCCACCACCAAAAACACCAUCCUCACCUCCAAUACCACCAUCACGACCCUCGCCACCGUCACCACCAAAGACAAAGAUCCACCCUCCGCCCCCGUAUAAAAAUAGCCUCAACAGACUGUUGGGGUGCACGUGCCGUGUACAGCGAGCACCGUCACCCAACCCUCGACCAACCUCGACCACCUCGUCCUUCGCGCACGAUGCUGGGCGCGCUGCUGCACGCGGCGCUCCAGCGGUGCCUCUACCGCCUGGGGCUCCUCGUGGCGGGCCACCCGGCGCCGUUCCUUGUGGCGCCCGCUCUCCUAGCCGCUCUGCUCGGCGCCGCCCUGAGCCGCGUCUCUGUCGAGAGCAAGGCUGAGGAUCUGUUCGCGCCCGCUCACAGCCUCGCCAAGCUGGAGGGGGCCCUGGCGGACGAGUUGUUCCCGCUGGAGCGAUCUCGCCAGCGGCUCUACUCGGAGCUGCACACGCCGGGUCGCUACACGCGGCUCAUCGCGGUCGCGCGCGGAGGAGGUAACGUGCUGGACGAGGGUCGCCGCCUCGCCCUCAUCUCCCUGCACUCGGCUCUGGUCGCCAUGCCCGUGGGACGCAACUGCACGUUCUGGGACGUCUGCUCCAUCGACUGGGACCGCGAAUGUGUCCAGGAUGCCAUCGUGGAACUCAUGGGCGGCGGUGCAGGCGAACUUGGGAGAAGACGAGGAGGAAUAGGUGGAGGAGGCAAUGGCAGUAGCAGCGCUAGCGACGCGUCACGCCGCCGCUCCUCCAUCAUCAUCCGCUACCCCAAAGCGCGACUGCGUGACAAUCAGGAGGUCUACAUCGGACAUCAGCUGGGCGGAGUGACUCUCUUCCAGACCGACCGCGUGCUCUCCGCGCGGGCCCUGCAGAUCACUUACUACCUCGACUCGGCUCACGCGGCCUCCGAGCUCUGGGAGAGGGAAUUCGUGACGGCCGUGGAGAGGGCUCGACACAGGCACGCGCACGACCUGGCGCUCUUCCCCUUCACCUCGUCGUCCCUCCAGACCGACUUCUACCAGAGCGGCGUCGUGGCCGCACCGAAUCUCGCCGGCGGAUUCGCUCUGGCCAUGGUGGUCGGCCCGCUGCUGGUGGUGGCGACGGCGACGAUGGUGGGAAGAGGUGGAGGAGGUAUAGGAGGUGGUGGUGGUGGUGGUGGAGGAGGAUGUGGAGGGUGGUGGACGGCAUUGAAGAAUAGCAGAGGCAGGACACGCUCGGAAGAUCUGUGCUUCGGGCUGCUGGUGCUGGCUGGGUUCGUGGGCAUCGCUCUGACCACGCUGGCAACGGCUGGAGUCAUGAUCCUCACCGGGACUCCCUAUAACUCCACGCUCAUCAUCAUCCCCCUCGUGGCGCUGGGCCACGGCUCGCACGGCGCCACGGAACUGCUGUGGACUUGGCGGCGACUGGGCUGGGGGGCGCGCGGCCCCCCAGCGCGAGAGGAGGAACGUCUGGCGGCGACGUUCGCGCGCUCGCUCCUGCCGCACACGAUGCUCACCGCGCUGCAGGUCAUCACCCUGGCGCUGGGCGCCUCGCCGCUCACCAACACGCGCGCCGUGCAGGUGUUCUGUCGAUGCGCCUGCACGGCCACUGCACUCGGCUACUGCGCCUGCGUCACCUUCCUGGGCGCCUGCGUCGCUCUGGCCGGCAAGGUGCGCGCCCUGCCCCCGAGGUGCUGGCCCGUGCCGUCGGCCACCACCACCACCACCAUGGCCACUGUGGCGGCAACAGCGGCGGCCACCGCCGUGGUUGUGGCCGGAGGAGAGAGGGUGGCGACCGCGGCGGUAGUUGCCGCUGCCGCUUGCGGUGGCGUGGAGAGCACGGCACAGGACCUCAAGACGCCACGCUGCAUCUGUGAGCAACCGGAUCUCAUCAGCUCCAAGGAGCCGCCCUGCUCCACCGCGACCACCAACACCACCAACACCGCCUCCACGGCCGCCGUCACCACCACCACCACCGCCGCCGCCGCAACGUCCGGCCCGCACCCGCCGGACGCGCCCCCCCGCCGCUUCAUGCGCGACCGCUACGGCCCUUGGAUCAGCGGCACGUACGUGAAGCCCUUCGUGGUGCUGCUCUACCUCGUCUACGCCUCCUUCUCCUUCAUGGGCUGCCUCCAGCUGAGGGAGGCGUCCGACCUAACGCACCUGGUGGCCUCGCGCUCCGCCACGGCGCGCUACCGGGCGGUGCAGGACCGCUUCUUCAGCGACUACAGCCCCGUCAUCGGAUUCUACAUCUACGAGCCGGUUGCCUACUGGAACGCGAGCGUGCAGGAGGACCUGCUGGACAUCACCCGGCGCUUCGUCACCGUCUCGUGGCUCGAGCAGUACACGCGCUACCUGCGCGCCGCCAACGGCACGAGCGCGCUGCCCCGCGACCUCUUCGUGUCGACGCUGUGCGCCUCGUUCCUGCGCCGCCGCGAGUUCGCGCACUUCGCCGACGACGUGGUGCUCGCGGGCCCGCCGGGCGAGCGGCGCAUCGCCGCCUCGCGCGUCUUCAUGGUGGCCAAGACGAACGAGAACACGCGCGAGGAGAUCGACGGCCUCCUCGAGGCCCUGCGCAAGCUGUCGCUCACCUCGCGCGUCAAGUUCACCAUCCACAACCCGGCCUUCGCCUUCCUCGAGCGCUACGCCCUCUGGGUGGGCGCCCCCGCGCACGCCGCCGCCCUCGCCGCCGCCCUCGCCCUCCUCCUGUCGGCGGGGCUGGCGCCGCCGGGGGCCGCGCCGGCCCACGCCUGGGUGGCCCUCUGCGCCGCCUCCGUCCAGUUCGGCGUGCUGGGCUCGCUGGGCUUGAUGGGCGCGCAGCUCGACUGCGCCGCCGUGCUGUGCCUCGUCUACUCGCUGUGCUACAGCGCCCACGCCUGCGCGCCCCUCGUGGCCACCUUCGCCAUGGGCCGCGGCAAGAGCCGGGCCCACUGGACCGCGGCGGCCCUCGACGCCCACGCGGCGCCGCUGCUCCACGCGUGCCUCUGGUUCUGCGCCGCCGUCGUCGCGCUGGCGGCCGCGCCUUCCAACCUGGCCCGGACCGUGGCCCGGUGCCUGGGCCUCGCGUCCGCGCUCUCCGCGGUCCACUGCCUCGUCUUCCUGCCCGUGUUCCUCACCAUCUGCCCGCCCUCCAAGGCGGUGAAGCGGCGGCGGCAGGCGGGCGACGGGGAGGCGGAAGAGGGCGACGCCGCAGGGGCUGCCGCCGGCGCCACCGACGGCGCGGUGGACCAAGCGACGUCCGUGUAGGUGACCGCGCCAGGGAGCUGGCGCCGUACAGGUGGUGGGCCGGAGGAGGGCCGGGGGAGAGGCGGCAGCCCCUCAGGGGUGCCCCUCCAGGCGCGGGUCGCCGCACCGAGCGCGGAGGGCCAGGCCGGCGCUUUGGGCCCCCUGGCUUCCAAAUAGCCUCGCUACGGCGCCGGGCAAAGGCAAAAGUAAAAGGUGCAGGCCCUGAAAUUUGCUCGCUAGUGCCGAUACCUGGCAGAAUGGAAGGAGCCCAACUUGGACGGAGCUUCGGAGAGCCACUCGACAAAGGGUGUUUUGGCCUACUCUUCCAUUCCGGCCAGCACCUCUCGGAAGGGAGUGAGAGUACAGCGCUCUCCAAUGAGCGCGCCGAAUUUGUGCUGCUCGCAUCGUUCGGCACGGCGUCCGACGUUUUGCUCCGCACGCUGGUACCCUCGGGCAGGAGCUAAAUUCAGGAGCAGGGCUUAAUUGCUCACCGAGUAUCCUUCGCUAUGUGGGCUACGGUGGGUGACUCACGUGACCAGUAGCCACAACCCAUCGCGAGAGGUAUACUUGAUGUGGCGAGCAAGGCGUGGAAAUUAAGCUCAGGGUGCAAGCAGUCGUGACUCGAUCGUGAUCCGAUCGUAACUUACGAGCGACUUUGUAGUAACUGGGUCCGCCGCUGUAUACAGAAGGCGACGUGGUGUGGGAACAUCAAGGGAGGAGACCCGGGUUGGAAUGGAUACCCAAGUUCUCCCACCUCUCAGGUCGCAAACCCCUAGCCUUGGAGUCUCGGUGUGGAUGACCUUAGGUGGGGCGUGUGCACCUGUAGAAGCAAGGGGUUGGCUGAUCACGCAGGGAUCUGUGUUUAAAAAAGAAAAUAGCUAAACCCACUGGGCUAUGGCUGCGAGGUGGCCAUGAGAUGGCAGUAGAGCAAGUGGGUUGUCUCCCCGAGUGUAUGUCGACGUGUGUGCGUACGUGUGUGUGUGUAUGUCUGUGCGUAUGUGGGGAGCGGUACUAUAGUGGUUAGUGCGCUGCGCUAUGAAUCCGGAGACCCCCGGGUUCGAUUCCCG